AUGACCGCCACUGUCAUUUCUCCAACAAAGGAAGUGCCAAAUAUGACGCCCGAUUACGAGGUCAAGCUCUUGCUCAACCCAACAGCGGUCCUCAGCUCUAAACAUGAGCUUACGGACACUGUUCUAUCGACUUUUAAUACGGCCCCGACUAUCGCCAAGAUAAAUGUCCAGUUCCUCGACACGUGCUCUAAGGAUAUCUAUACAGCCGGCUGGGGGGGGGGCAAGCGGUAUGCCAUCACAGGUGGCGACAUUGAUGCCGCUCUUACUACGGGUAAUAGCGAUGGUUUCGACGCCGGCGACACGAAAUAUAAGGCGCAAGUCGAAUGGGGUUACGAGAAGCAGACACUAUCUAUCAGCCGCAAGAAAGAUAUAGCGAAAUCUAGGAAUAGCGGAACAGACUUGCCGGGAACAAGCGAGUCGCGUAAAAUGCUGAUCGAUGAAGCGCCGGACAAGUUCGACAACUGGUAUCACAACAAAUGGGGCACCAAAGCGUUAGCAAUGUCACGUAUUUUUGGCCCGGUUGUCGUCAGGCGCUCUGUUGGCAUGUGGAACGGGAUGGAGCUAUACCUCGAGGUCUGGCCCCUCCUCAACUUCCCGGGUACGGAAAUUGAGCACAUCGUCGAGGCCUCUUUCAAGACGAAGAGUCGCACGACAGCCUCGGUUGAGCAGAACAGCUUAGCCAAUUACUUGCAAAGCAGGGGUUGGCUUCUAGCACAGGACUCGCUAAAGACGCAGCUCAUCAUGGAGCGCUACUGA